AAGAGCUUGCUGGAGAUGUUCCGGCCUCUUCUAUAGCAGCCUCAGUAGCAGACUCCUCUAGUCCUGCCUCAGUUUUUAUAGCUGCACCCUCCUGGAGUUGGAAAUGGAAAUGGGGUUGCAGUCUUCCUCAUGAGAAGCCCCAAAGCCAGGGGCAGGAGAGCUUGCUGGAGAAGUUUCGGUCUCUUCUAUAGCAGCCUCAGCAGCUCCUUGAGAUCCUUCACAUCUGCAUUUCUUGCUAUUCCCAUUUUCAACAUGACCCAUGAAGGGAAAAGGGGGAGAAUUGAAGGUUUCUGGCUUCCAUCCCUUAUCUUUUAUUUCUUCUUUCUUCACCAGGGAAAGGAGCAUUCUACGGAUCCACAUUUGUCAAGAUGAGAAACCAUUCAACAUCUAGUGGAGAUUGAAGAAUCUGGAAUUCAGUAAACAAACCAGUCAUAUAGGAAGAAGAAAUGCUCCGAAGGUGCCGAACUGGCUGAACUCUUCAGGUCACUCACACUUCAGGAAAGCAAAGUGUCUAUCUUGCAUUUUAAAGUACCAACAUGGAGAAAAAAACAUAUCAAUGUAUUGAAUUUGGAAAUAUCUUUAGGCAGCAGAAACUUCUGCAGUUACAUGAAAGAACUCACACUGCUGAGAAACCCUACACAUGCCUGGAGUGUGGGAAGAGCUUCACGCAGCGUGGACAUCUACGUAAACAUCAAAGAACUCACACUGGGGAGAAACCCUAUGAAUGCCAGGAGUGUGGAAAAAGCUUUGCUCUGAAUGAAAAACUACGUUCACAUCAAAGAACUCAUACUGGGGAGAAGCCCUAUACAUGCCUGGAAUGUGGCAAGAGCUUCACUCACAGUGAAGGUCUACGUUCACAUGAAAGAACCCACACUGGGGAGAAACCCUAUAAAUGCCCGGAGUGUGGAAAGAGAUUCACUCAGAGUGGAAAUUUACAGGCACAUCAAAGGAUUCACACUGGGGAGAAACCCUAUGAAUGUCCAGAGUGUGGAAAAAUAUUCUCUCAGAAUGGAACUUUGCAGACACACCGAAGGAUUCACACUGGGGAGAAACCCUAUACAUGUCUGGAAUGUGGGAACAGCUUCACUGGCAGUGGAGAUCUACGUAAGCAUGAAAGAACUCACACUGGGGUGAAACCCUAUACAUGCCAGGAGUGUGGAAAGAAUUUUGCAAAUAUUGGAAAACUACAUUUACAUCAAAGAACUCACACUGGGGAGAAACCCUUUCAAUGCCAGGAGUGUGGAAAGAGCUUCGCUCACAGUGAAAGUCUACAUAAGCAUUACAGAACUCACACUGGGGAGAAACCCUAUAAGUGCCUGGAGUGUGGAAGGAGUUUCACUCAUAGUGGAGAUCUACGUUCACAUCAGAGAAUCCACACUGGAGAGAAACCCUAUACAUGCCCAGAAUGUGGAAAGAGCUUCACUCACAGUACAAAUCUACGUACGCAUCUAAGAGUUCACACUGGGGAGAAACCCUUUCAAUGCCUGGAGUGUGGAAAGAGCUUUGCUGUCCAUGGAAGUCUACGUAGCCAUCACAGAACCCACACAGGGGAGAAACCCUAUGAAUGUUCAGAGUGUGGAAGGAGUUUUGCUCAGAGUGGAACUUUACAGAAACAUCAAAGUGUUCACACUGGGGAGAAACCCUAUACAUGUCUUGAAUUUGGAAACAGCUUUGCUGGCAUUGGAGAUCUACAUUCACAUCAAAGAACUCCCACUGGGGAGAAACCCUAUAAAUACCAGGAGUGUGGACAAAAUUUUGUGCAUAUUGGAUCUCUACAUUCACACCAAAGAACUCACAUUGGGGAGAAACCCUAAGUCUCCAAGUUACUAACAAGAUAGGUUCUGUCGGUUUGUUUUCAAGUAGAAUUUUUAGUGUAACUCCAUCCAAAUGUUAUGUAUAUACAU